ACAACAUCCGUAUCAAAGGGUUCUUCAAUGAAUGAAAACCGUCUCUCAAACAACAUGGAUAAAAGUCGUGUCAAAGUUAUUUUGUUUGAUUUGGAUAAUACACUGAUUGAUACGGCAGGAGCAGGACGUGUUGCCAUCCAAAAGGUCUGUGACUUCUUGAAAACAGCACUGGGUCACGAGGACAGCAUCAGUGAUAUCUGCCAAAGAUUUGCUCACAAACUCCUCCACGAAUCGUACGAUCCAUCAAGUGGGAGAACUAUUGAUGAUGUCCGUGUUGAUCACUGGCAACAAGCUAUUCGAGAGUCGGAAGGAGUCGAUCGAGGUAUAGCAGUCGCUGCAGAGUGCUACCGCAUAUGGAAAUGUACGCGUCUUCAGCUGCUGACCUUCGCCCCUGCCGUGCGCACCAUGUUGGAAGAACUCAGGAGAACACACCGGUUGCUUCUGCUAACCAACGGAGAGUCGCAGACUCAACGCGAGAAGGUUCAAGCUAUUGGGUCGGCGGCAGAGCUCUUCAGUGCAGUGGUUGUGGGAGGGGAACAUCCCGAGGAGAAGCCAGCAGUCUCUAUCUUCACAUACUGCUUUCGCCAAUUGGGUGUCCAGCCCCAGGACUGUAUCAUGGUGGGAGACAAUCUGGGUACGGACAUCCAGGGGGGGUUCAAUGCAGGGGUUCGAGCCACAGUAUGGGUCAAUGCUAGUGGGCAGGUGCCCUCAGAGGGUUCUACAAGGCCAGACUAUUCCAUUUCAACGGUGUUGGACUUACCCGGUGUCCUUGCCGACCUCAAAUGAUGUGUGAGCAAACAAUAUGAUCAAACAUAUGACAACAGUAGAUGUUUUUUAUGCUUUAAUACAUCAAGUUGGAAAUAUAUUUGUAAUAUUUUGCAUGUCAUGGUCUUGCCUGGUGAUGAGUAAAGGUGUGAGGUACCACUAAAAUGGUUAAGUUAAUAAAGAAUUGAUUACCUUA